CUGCUUGUUCUGGUUCGAAAGACAUCGUUCUGUGACGGGAAUCAGCACCAACGGACUCGACACCCCCAUCUCAUGUCUCUCUAGCCUCAUCUCAUUUUCUCGUUCGAAAUCACCCCACCCCCAGCCUCCCCAUCGCCACGUCUUGGUAUCUGGUCUGUCGCGUCUCAGACCACUUGUUCCGUGAUCCCCCCUCUCAUCCCGCGUCUCUCAGCCUCAGUCUUCACGACACUGCUCUCUACUCGCAUCGCAUAGAUUGCUUGUGCUCACGACAUCUCUCUGCCACAUCGCACCGCCGACCACCACCACAUCAACCAAACUUUUGUCCCUACGCGCCAUCCAUUCGUUCACUUCACCGACGCGUCCGACAUCAACUCACUCCUUGACUCUCUACAAUUUGUCACGCCAACCAACAUACCACCCUCACGCCUACAUCUCACGCCGCGCGCAAUCAUUGCAUUGCCAUACUCCAUCAACAGUAACAGUCACGUCACGCACUGUCUAGUCACACCUCCCGCGCCACCGCCCAACAUCGACGCACCACCCCCUCCCCCCACAUCGUAACACUUCUUCGCCCCUCGCCAUGCCUCCCGUCCCCCCCACCAAGUUUGCACGCACCUCCAUCGAGGGUUGGAGCAGAAAGCGCUCCGUCUCCCCUAGUGCCAAGGCAUCUUCGUCAAAGAAGGUCAUUGGUACCCAGGGCUCGACCGACGACAUUGACAUGUCGCCUGAAACAAAACAGUUUGUCCCUCGUCGCUCCGACGACGGCUACUACUAUGAGGACGAGUACCGCGACGAGCACGUCAUGUGCAUGCUCGAGAACGAGUCGCAAACUCUUGCCCAGCCCGAACUCAUGGACCAGCAACCAGAACUUCAAUGGCGCAUGCGCCCGUACCUGAUCGACUUUGUUGUGGAAAUCCAUUCCCAGUUCCGUCUGCGCCCAGAGGUCCUUUAUCUGGCUUGCAACAUUGUCGACCGUUACGUGUCCAAGCGUGUCGUCUUCAAGAAGCACUACCAGCUGGUUGGCUGCGCGUCCCUGUGGAUCGCAGCCAAGUUUGAGGACUCGAAGGAGCGCGUUCCCCUGGUUCGCGAGCUCCACGACAUGUGCUGUGGCGCGUACGAGCAGUCGGCAUUCAUCCAGAUGGAGGGCCACAUCCUGUCCACUAUUGGCUGGAACGUCGUUCACCCCACUGGUGAGGGCUGGCUCCGCUCUUACAUCACGCACUCGGACUCGUCGCUCAACGACGACGUUCGCGUUGCCGCGGCCGCCCGCUUCCUCAUGGAGGUCACCCUGUUCCACCGCCAGUUCGUCGGUGUCCGCCCAUCGCUGAUCGCUUGGGGAUCCGUCGUCUUGGCACGGUUCAUCUGCGGCAAGCUCCGCAAGCCUUGUCCCGACUUUGUCAUCCCCGAUGAGGCCCUUGCCGUUCGCGUUGCCACCGCCAUUGACACCAUCCUCCACGAGAGCCUCGACAACGUCUCGGAGAUCCUCAUCCGCAAGUACGCCAACGUCAACCAGUACCACCGCUGCUCGACGUUCAUCCGCGAGUUCUACUUGUCUGGCCGCCGCUUCGCGCCCAACCCGCAGCGCACGUCGUCUGCCUACGUGCCCUACGUUUCGACGCCAGGCCUCACUCCUUCCUCGUGGGCCGCCAAGCGCUCUGCCGCUACCAGCCCCAGCGGAACAUUUAGCUGCGCCUCGUCGGACGCCGGUGACGAGCCCGUCACGCCCAUCACUCCCAUCUCGGAGCCCAGCCCUCUCGACUACGUGUCGGUGAAGGAUGUCUCCAAGGAGAACAUGGUGCCAUCGGGUGCCCCUGCGGUCAUCAAGGCCAUGGCGCCCCCUGCCGUCGCUGCCGCCGUCCGCCCUGCGCUUCAGUCCAUUGCCAGCUCGACCGCGCAGGACAACCGUAACAACCGCCGGAGGAGCAAUUAAGUUUUGCCACUCUGUGACGACCAACCAAUGUGCCACCGUCCGACCAAGGCCAGUCGACGGUGACUAGUCAUCCCACGGCCUUCACACCUGCAUGGCAUAGUUUUCCCCCUUUCCAACAUCAACACACGCUGCAUCGGCCAAAGUCGAACAUCAAGUCUUUGCGCCCCUCACCACCUCGCUCCAAAACGUCGAAAGCAUUCCGGCGCAUUUUUUCUCUCUCUUCAAUUCUUGUCAAGUCUGGUCUUGGUGUGUCUUCACUGUAACGCUCUCAAGUUCCCUGCCAAACCAUCCAACCUCCUCGCUCUUCAACUGUACCCCACCACUGGCAUCUAGGAUGUUGCCAGUCCUAAAAGGAAGGUUCAAGACGAGGUGCAUGCACCAUCCACCACCACCACCACCCACCACACCAUCCCCAGCCUCCUCACACCACGACGCGGUCAUAAGAAGGUUCCGUCAUUUGUCAUUGUUUAACGACACUCGUGGUUUUGGUGCUCGAGUUUCCAGCAACACCCUCAUCAUUUAUUCCGGUCCUCCCCACGUCGAGUCUGAGUCUGAUAGAGACACCGUUUGCGGUUGCCAAUGUAUUAUGCAAG